AUGGACCUGACAGAGGAGGAGCUGGAGCUGCUGGAGCCGCACCCAGACAUCCAUGCCCUGUUUGUGCACUACAACAGCCUCUAUUUCGAGGAGAAACUGGGCGCCUGCUCCGUCGAGUGGAGCAGCGCGCGCAUGACCCUGUGCGGCGGCGUGUGCGAGUUCCGGAAGGGCGGCGGCUGCCGCAUCAAGCUCAGCGAGCCGCUGCUCAAGCUGCGCCCCAGCCGCGACCUCAAGUUGGUGCUGCUGCACGAAAUGAUCCACGCCUGCAUGAUGCUGCAGGGCAUUCGAGACAACGACCCCGGGGGCCACGGCGACGUGUUCAAAAGCAUCAUGAGCCGCAUCAACGCCUCCAGCCUGCCCGACCACCAGCGCCCCGCCGGCGGCUACAACAUCACCGUCACCCACUCGAUGUUUGCCGAGGUGGACCACUACCGGCAGCACCACUGGCGGUGCGAGCGGUGCGGCAAUGUGGUGAAGCGGGCCAUGAACCGGCCGCCGCAGGAGGCGGACUGCAGGGGUCGCGCCGGGCGCGGCGCCGACUGCCGUGACCCCGGCUGCCGCUGGCACAUGCACAUCAAGCACUGCGGAGGCGCCUGGGUCAAGGUCAAGGAGCCGGAGGGGUUUGGCAAGAAGAAGGGCGGGAAGAAAGGUGCCACUGCCGGCGGCGGCGGCAACAGCAGCAGCGGCGGUGGUGGGGAUGCGGGUGGGGCCAAGCGCCCAGACGGCGCGCAUGUACCCGCCAAGCGCCCCAGGAAAGGCGAGCAGCAGCAGGGGGCCGGGGGCCGGCCAAUCACCGACUUCUUCCCUCGCACAGAGGGCGGCGCUCGCCCGGCGGCGGCGGCAGGCGCGUGUGAGGUGCUGCCCGCGCUGCAGGCUGUGGCGGGCGCCGCGGGCGGAGCAGGGCCAGCAGCGGAGCCGCCUGCCGAGGAGCGCCGCCGCCUGGUGGCGGAGGCAGCCAUGCGGCGGCUCGGCGCCUUGGCUGGGUCUGGGCCCCGCAACAGUUGUAGACCUUGUGGGCGGCAGCAGCGACGAGGAGGAGGGGCAGCAUGCGGCAGCGUCGGCCGGCACUGGCAUCCGUGCUGGCACAAGCGGAGUGCGUGA